AUGGAAAAUAACGUCACAGAAUUUGUCCUGAUGGGUCUUUCUCGGAAUGCGAUGGAACAGCAAGUUUAUUUUGUGUUGUUUUUACUGUUUUAUGUGAUCAUCAUUAUAGGGAAUCUCCUCAUUAUUGUGACCAUCAAGGGCAGUUCAAAUCUCAACUCCCCUAUGUAUUUCUUCCUCAGCUACUUAUCCUUUAUAGAUGUCUGCUAUUCCUCGGUCACAGCUCCCAAGCUGAUUGUGGAUUUCCAAGCCAAGGUCAAAGUCAUCUCCUUCAUAGGGUGCUUGGCUCAGCUCUUUGGGGUUCAUUUCUUAGGUUGCACAGAGAUCUUCCUCCUUACAGCGAUGGCCUAUGACCGCUACGUGGCCAUCUGUAAGCCCCUGCACUACACAGUCAUCAUGAACCAUCGAAUGUGUAGCAUUCUGGUGGUGAGCUCCUGGCUUGGAGGCUUGGUCCAUUCUGUAGUCCAGACCCUCCUUAUAGCCUGGCUCCCCUUCUGCGGUCCCAAUGAGAUUGACCACUACUUCUGUGACGUCCACCCGUUAUUGAAACUGGCCUGCACGGACACCUAUAUCGUAGGGAUCAUCGUAGUAGCCAACAGUGGGAUGAUUUCUUUGAGCUGUUUUGUCAUCCUCGUGGUAUCCUACACGGUCAUCUUGCUCUCUCUGACCACCCGCUCUUCGGAAGGGAGACGCAAAGCCCUCUCCACCUGCGCCUCCCACAUCUUGGUGGUGAUCUUGUUUUUCGGGCCUUGCAUCUUCAUCUACUUGCGACCUUCCACCACCUUUUCAGAGGACAAGAUGGUGGCUUUGUUCUACACCAUUAUUACCCCUAUGUUGAAUCCGCUGAUCUACACGCUGCGGAAUGCGGAGGUGAAGAAUGCCAUAAAGAGGUUGUGGAACAGGAGAGUGAUGAGGAAAGAAAAUUAA